AUGAGAGAACACCGUUCGAGUUCAGAACAACAUCGUCACACACAUUCCAUCCAUGAUGACCCAACAACAGUUGCAAGUGGUGAUCGUUCUCAUCAUCCAACAACUGAUGUUAAUUCUUCAGCUCUUGAUGAUGUACAAUACAUGUCAUCCUCUCAUUCUUCUUCUUCUCAUACCAUGGAAUAUAAAAACAAUCUCUCCAUAUUACAUGUACCUUCGAAACCGUUUUUUCCUGAAAUACAUGUCUUUAAAGCAUUUGAUGUGGUCAAAGAAUCGAAAAAGAAAGAUUGGAGACAACCCUUACGAAGACGAUCUUGA